GGGGGCAGCUCCAGUCAGUGUCCUCUUAUCCCUCGGACACACCACAGCAGCCGGAGGACAAGAGGGAUUCGGAUGCAGAGACUUGUUGGACUGUAGGAGGACUGUGCUUCGACCAGGAUGAACUUUGCUGCCCAGUUAUUCUACUCGAGCUACCUGAGCGAGCGACUUGAGCGUUUGUACUCACCCAGGCUUGCACUUAAAGACAGCGAGGAGAAUGACCCCUUCUGGCAGAGGGAGGAGUUGCGUCUGGGCCCCAGUCAGCCUGGCUGCUCUUACAAAUGCGGCCCCGUCAGUAAUGGCACUGUGGGCCGCAGACCCACCCUCAUUGAGCCGGAGCGGCUGAAGGACUUUGGUGAGGAGGAUCUUCUCAAUGGGGAUGUGAAGGUCUAUGACACCAAGGUGGUGGGGGCUCCUGAGAUCAUGCUCAUGGACCCCCCUAAAAUCAGACGCGUCAGCGAGUUCAGGAUCGUCGCCAGACCCCAGUACCUCCGCUUUGAGGACAUCAGCGCCGCGGCCUUCAGGAUCCAGUCAGGGAUACAGAAGACACCCUGCACGUACUCCAGACUGUCCAAACAGUACGGGAUGGAGAUCUACCUGAAGAAGGAGCAACUGCACUACACAGGCUCUGUGAAGGAGAGAGGAGCCCUGUACCUGCUCACCUCCCUCACACAGGAGCAGCAGAGGAAGGGUGUGAUCGUGGCCACUGACUGUAACUUCUCCAUGGCCGUGGCUCACCACGCAGUCGAGCUGAAGAUCCCGGUGUUUGUCAUCAUGCCGUCGUGCUGCUCCUCGCCUCGCCUCAGGAUCUACAGGGACUACGGCGCCAUGGUCAUCUCCUACGGCAGCACCAGCCACGACUCCCAGAACCACGCCCGCCAUCUGGCCAAAGAGAACGGAUACCUCUACCUGGAAGAAGAUGAAAGUGCAGCGUACCUGGCCGGACUGGGCACUGUGGGCAUGGAGAUCUAUGAGCAAGUGCCCAAACUGGAUGCGGUGGUUGUUCCUGCAGCUGGACAGUAUGGUCUCCUGGCUGGUACAGCUGCAGCCAUCAAACACCUCAACUCACGGGUUCUCGUCAUAGGAAUUGAACCAGAAGGUUUCCCUCUGCUGCUACAAUCUCUGAAAACUGACGGUCCAAUCAAAGACAUGCACGGCAACCCCAACAAGAAGCUCUAUGGAGAUCUUAUGGAGCGUUCGCUGGGCAUUAACACCUUCCAGCUGGCUAAGAAACUAGUAGAUAAAGUCAUCUCUGUCAGUGAGGAGGACUCUCUGGUGGCGAUGCUGCGGUUUCAGGAGUUUGAACGCUCCACUGUGGACACAGAGGGAGCCAUGGGACUGGCUGCCAUCUUGGCUGGACAACUACCAGAACUGAGAGGCAAAAAGGUCGCUGUGGUGGUGAGCAGCGCUAACAUGGAGCUGGAGCUGGUGAGGCAGUGCGUGGACCGAGCCCUGGUGCUGGACGAUCGGGUCAGUAAGUUCUCUGUGCAGCUGGGAGAAUGGCCAGGAGACAUGGCCAAGCUGCUGGACGUCCUGUCCAGAGAGGACGUCAGGUUGUUGGACGUCUGCCAUCGGAGACAAAGUGGAAAGUCGGACCUCUUCAAGGCAAAGGUGGAGUGUGUGGUGGAAACCAGGGAUAAGACACAGAGCGCUCAGCUACGCAAGACACUGAGCGAGCGCUACCCCUCUAUAUGCUGGCUGGACCGGUGAUCACUACCUGAACACAAACUACAUUUACAAUAGAAAAACUAAUGAAGAAGAGGAAAUGACAUAUUCAUAAAAAUGUGAGCUGACGUGCAAACACAUCCUGUAACAUACAAUACUAUGAUAUAUGAACUCUAUAUGUUAUAGGAAUCUCAUUAAGACAAGCAAACCUAAGUGUAUACAGAAAAAGCCUUGAGAUUAUAGAGCAAAUACUACUCAUAUUACUUCUACCGCUUAUGCUGCUAUUGUUCUUUAAUCAUUGCACCCUGUAAUUACAGUAAAGUGGUUAGGCUGCAUUAAGAAGAAGACUAUAUAGUUUACCAGAGUAUGAAUCAUACACACUACACGGCUCCCCUAACAGCACAAAGAUGUAUUUUUCCAUCCAUGUUGUUUUUAAACUGUUGUAUAUAUUUCUGUAUUUAUACUGUCUGAGAUGGUAGAUUCAAUCCAACUUCAGUGUUCUCCAAAUAAAAUACAAAUUCUGUGACCGUU